UUUUUUUUUUUUUUUUUUUUGUUUGCUUUUAAUUCGUAUCGCACGUUUUCUUUUAUUUUUAGGAAGUCAACUUGAUUGCAUGGGCAUUAUGAAGCAGCACCUUUUUAUAUGGCUUCUUUCUCUGUGUCGUGUACCAAAGUAUUAGGAAGAAUGGUGGGCAUGAGGCCGAGGUCCUCAACAGAGGAAGGUCCCCACGAAAAUUUGUGCCAUCGAUCCGAGGCCGCCACCGGGAUCGACCGGUAUAAUCGCAACAGCUUAACCAAGCAACAAUCGGCGUUGAAAAGGUUUCGGUGGUCGCGUGACGAGCCGCAAUUUCGUUGGGUUACGAAGGAGGAGCCGAGGGGAAACGGUCGAAGGAAGAGUCCCGAGUGGCGGAGCCUACGUCACUGUCCACGCUAUCACGAUUAACAGAGUGAACAGCACGAGACGUCCGCGCGCGCGAGCGAGAUGAAACGCGUGGCGAAGGAAAGGUGGAUCCCCGAACACACCGGAAGUGUGAUGACCCUUCCAACGAGACGUGCUGCAUCGAUCAACGCGGCGACAGCGUGCCUUCGAUCUGGGAUCUGAGUUUUCGCGGUCAAGGAUGACCAAAACCGAUGAGCGGAUGAACGAGUAAAAGCCAGGAAGGAAUCACAAGGGAAACGAGGGGUCUGCCGAAGGAAGAGAUGGUGGUGGAGUGGCUCUGUCCUGGACUUAGGCCGGCCGGAAGCCGUAGGCCCCGUCUUCUUCACUGCAAAGUGAUACUUCUUGACGAGCACGAACUGUUGCAAGAUGUUUUGAGCUCGAACCUCGGCCAAGAACUGUUGGACAGGGUGUUCAGGCAUUUGAAUUUAUUGGAGACGGCUUACUUCGGGCUACGUUACCUGGAUCACGGCAAUCAGACGCAAUGGCUCGAUCCAAGCAAGAAGAUUGGAAAACAAUUGAAAGUCCAAAAAGGAGAUCCGAGCUCGGAUGUCCACACCCUCUAUUUCGGUGUGAAAUUCUACGCGGCCGAUCCCUGCAAACUCAUCGAAGAAAUCACAAGGUAUCAGUUUUUCCUACAAGUGAAACAGGACAUUCUGCAAGGAAGACUUCCCGUGUCUUUCGACUUGGCCGCAGAAUUAGGAGCUUACGUCGUGCAAUCCGAACUUGGAGACUAUGAUCCAAGGCGACAUUCUGUAGGAUACGUCACAGAAUUUCGAUUCUUAGCAAAUCAAACUACGGAAUUGGAAAAUCGUAUAGUGGAACUUCAUAAGACUCUUGUAGGACAAUUACCAUCCGCAGCAGAGCUGAAUUAUUUGGACAAAGUGAAAUGGCUGGAAAUGUACGGGGUUGAUUUGCAUCCCGUGUUGGGCGAAGAUAGCGUGGAAUAUUUUCUGGGUUUGACGCCGAGUGGAAUAAUUUUGUUGCGCAACAAGACCAAAGUGGGAAAUUAUUACUGGCCUCGAAUCAAUAAAAUCUAUUAUAAGGGUAGAUACUUCAUGCUGAGAGUGAGUGAAAAGAACUCCGAGGAGAGGACACACGGUUUCGAGACGCCGUCGAAGGGUGCAUGCAGACAUUUGUGGAAGUGUUGCCUGGAGCACCAAGCGUUCUUUCGAUUGAUGGCCACCGGUCCGCCACCAUUGAGCCCCUACUCUCGUUUCCGCUCGUACAGCCCGCCGUCUGGAUCCGAGAAGCACACCGUGAUCAGACGGAAUCCACCGCCUAUUUUCCAGAGGACACCCAGUCGCAGGGCUCAACGACGCGUGGUCGAGGGCCAAGAGAUGGUCGGCCCAUUUGUGGAAACGCCCGCGACGGUGAACUCGAAUUCGAACAGCAAUCCGAUCAGCGGAAAUGUUUUGUGUAAUACUCAAAGCGCGAGACAGGUGAAUAAUUCGAGUCCCAGGAGCACCAGGAGCGCGCCGUGGACUCAAAGCCAACCUCGUGGCCUUUAUACCUCGUCUAGUCCUCGGUCCGUCCGCUCCGCGGGAACGGCACCGGCACUCUUGAGCAGACUCCAGCGACGGAGUAGCUCCGUAGAGAGUCAAAGUUCAGGGGACAGUCACAGUCGUGGUGGUCAUCGUAGAAGAAGUCAUAGUCAUAGCCAUCGAAGACACAGUCGUCAUUCUGAUUGUGAAUCUGAGCUUUCACGGGGUUCGGACACUAGGUCAGGUCAUCGCAAACACCGCAGAAAGCACAGAAGCUCUCGUUCGUCUAGACACGAAUUGGUAGAUUCUGAACCACAAUGGAGAGAAGCACAGAAACGGAAGGGCGAAGGAGUUCAACGGGCUGUUGUAAGUCAUACAGAGCCAAGAAGAAGGCAUAGAAGUAGACACCGGAGUCCUUCUCAAAAGCAACCACUGCCAGAUGAGCUUAGGAAACACUUGGAAUUUGGGCUAGUCGAUACUUCUGGAAUGAGUGAACAGCAACGACGAGAGAUACCAUAUACGGUGGUUCAAUCGCAAACGUCCGUGCAACAAUGUACUCUACAAUCUAGUAAUUCUCGAUUGGACGAUGCAGACUCGUCGUCCCUACCUAGAACGAUCGGAUCCGUUGGCAAAAGAAACAGAAGAAUGAUACAACAUAGUCACGAUGGAAGUUAUAAUUUGCCACCAACCAGACCGAGUCAAGUUGAUAUAAAAUACUACGAUGGUAAUAGGAGCGAGUGCAAUAUGAGGAAGGACUUUUAUUAUACACGUAACAACAGAAUAUUGAUAGGAAGUAACGUGGACAGUGGGCUCGGGGAAAGUACACCGCAAGAAUUUUCAAGUUGCUGCUCAAGCUCUGCCGACAGCGCUAAGCCUACUCGGGUACCGCAAAUGCAAUUAGGGGGAGAGGUACGCUAUGAACUGUCUUCAAAUCAAGAAAUCUACCCUCCUGUUGAUACUACUCUGGAUGCUGUUCUUCAGCCCAUUAUAUCAACUUUAACAAGGAGGCAACGGAACCGCCCGAAUUGAGCAUGAAGCUUUAAAUAAAUACAAAUAGACAUUUAUGCACAUAUUGUAUAUUUAAGAAAAUUUUUAUACCUCAUUCAAAUUAAAUAUCUAUAAUCCCAUCAGUCACUGAAUCUUAUGAAAUGGAACAACAUAAACAUGAAUUAAAUGCGCAGCACUUUUAUUCCUUGAUU